AUGCAGGAAAAGAGCAGUGUUUUUGUAUUUUACUUGUGGCUUUUGCUGUGCCCAUCGGCCUGGCCCAAACUCAGCUAUAAUUCGUGCAAUGAAUCCGAUGUGGCAAUUGCUCUCUCGCAGAUCAUUAAUGGGUUAAAGCCACGUCAGUUGGCCAUUUUGGCAUUGCCCAGUUCGAAGUUGCUCAGUGCGGAUUGUGACAGUGAUGAUACGAUUCAGGUGGAUGACUUUAUACAGCGAUUGCAUCGACUCUACUACAAGUCCGUCAUCUUCUAUGACAUGGAGUUGUUCUUUGAGUACAUUGAAGCCAAUCUGUUGGGCGCCAUCGAGUGCGUCAAUUUGAUAUUCGACGAACCGGAUGAGCUGUCAACACGCAUCCAGGAGCGUCGUCUGGCCCAUCGUCUCAGUCUCUUCAUGUUCUAUUGGGGCGCCAGGCAUCCGCCGAAUGCAACUCGUGUGCGUUUCGAGGAGCCGAUGCGGGCGGUGGUCAUCACAAGACCUCGACGCAAAGCCUUCCGUAUCUACUAUAACCAGGCAUCGCCCAGGGGCACUAGUCAACUGCGUCUAGUCAAUUGGUACGACGGCGACAACCUGGGUCUGCAGAAGACUCCACUCCUGCCCAGCGCCGCAACUGUCUAUACCAAUUUUGAAGGUCGCGUCUUUCGAGUGCCCGUUUUCCAUUCACCGCCCUGGUUCUGGGUCAGCUACAACAACGACAGCAACAAUGCCAGCGAGGAGACUAUGGGGGAGCUUGAGAAUAUGGAGUACAAUGAGGUGAAUGUGACAGGUGGCAGGGACCAUCGUUUGCUCAUGCUCCUGGCACAGCACAUGAACUUUCAGUUCGUUUACAUUGAGGCACCUGGCAGAACACAAGGAUCACUGCGAGGACCGGUUGAGAAUGCGGAGUCCAAUGAUAGCUUCACUGGCGGCAUAGGGCUGCUCCAGAGUGGUCUGGCGGAUUUCUUCCUUGGCGAUGUGGGUCUCAGCUGGGAGCGUCGCAAGGCGAUUGAGUUCUCGUUUUUCACACUCGCCGAUUCGGGGGCAUUUGCAACACACGCGCCACGUCGCCUCAACGAGGCGUUGGCCAUAAUGCGACCCUUCAAACUGGACAUCUGGCCAUAUCUCAUCCUGACCAUUGUGUUCUCGGGUCCCAUUUUCUAUAUCAUUAUUGCCCUGCCCUACAAGUGGCGUCAGCGUCAGGUGGCCCUGGAUGAGGAGCAGCUGGGAGAACUGGGCAUCUACAUGGCCUACAUUAAGGAGAUCACACCCUGUGUGUUGACGAUCAGACGCGCCAGACGCCUCCAUCCAACGGAUGAGAUGUCACCGCAGCUUUUCGAGCGUUGCAUUUGGUUCACACUCCGGUUGUUCCUCAAGCAAUCACCUUGUCAUGAACUGUGCCAAGACUAUCGCGCCAAGUUCCUGACCAUUGUGUAUUGGGUAGCUGCCACUUAUGUCCUGGCCGAUGUCUACUCAGCUCAACUGACCUCCCAGUUUGCACGUCCGGCUCACGAGCCGCCCAUCAACACAUUGCAGCGCCUCCAGGUGGCCAUGCAGCAGGAUGGCUAUCGCUUGUAUGUGGAGAAGGAGAGCAGCUCCCUGGAAAUGCUCGAGAAUGGCACGGAACUAUUCCGACAGCUCUACGCUCUGAUGCGGCAACAACAACCAGACGAUCACAAGGCGUUCCUCAUCGACUCCGUGGAGGCGGGCGUCAAGCUGAUCGCCGAUGGCAGGGAGAACAAGGCGGUGCUCGGUGGACGGGAGACACUUUACUUUAACAUCCAACAAUAUGGAGCCAAGAAUUUUCAACUGAGCCAGAAACUAUAUACACGAUACUCUGCGGUGGCUGUGCAGAUUGGAUGCCCCUUCCUGGACAGUCUCAAUGAUGUUUUGAUGCACAUGUUUGAGGGCGGCAUUUUGGACAAGAUGACAACGGCCGAAUACGAGACACAAUCGCGCAUAUUGACCAAGGAUCAGGCGCAGCAAUCAAAGGAAUUGGCCGCAGCGGAGAAUGCUAAUGCGAACACCAAGAGCAAUGAGGCCAAAUCGCCACCACAACACGCCCUGGACAAUGAGAUGAUCAGCGCUCUCAACCUUCGCAUGCUUCAAGGCGCCUUUAUUGGUCUCGCUGUCGGUUCCCUAGCGGCAGCCCUAACACUCAUGCUGGAACUCUUCUAUGGCCGCUGGUCUCACUCAAUCGCUGCGACGCUGGCGUCUGCGCUGGCUGCGUCGCUGGCGCCGGCUUCAGCGUCUGCUGCGGCAACAAACCGUGCGAAUCUUUGCACCGAAUUUGGUUCGAAGUUGCUCAGUGCGGAUUGUGACAGUGAUGAUACGAUUCAGGUGGAUGACUUUAUACAGCGAUUGCAUCGACUCUACUACAAGUCCGUCUUCUAUGACAUGGAGUUGUUCUUUGAGUACAUUGAAGCCAAUCUGUUGGGCGCCAUCGAGUGCGUCAAUUUGAUAUUCGACGAACCGGAUGAGCUGUCAACACGCAUCCAGGAGCGUCGUCUGGCCCAUCGUCUCAGUCUCUUCAUGUUCUAUUGGGGCCAGGCAUCCGCCGAAUGCACUCGUGUGCGUUUCGAGGAGCCGAUGCGGGCGGUGGUCAUCACAAGACCUCGACGCAAAGCCUUCCGUAUCUACUAUAACCAGGCAUCGCCCAGGGGCACUAGUCAGCUGCGUCUAGUCAAUUGGUACGACGGCGACAACCUGGGUCUGCAGAAUCCACUCCUGCCCAGCGCCGCAACUGUCUAUACCAAUUUUGAAGGUCGCGUCUUUCGAGUGCCCGUUUUCCAUUCACCGCCCUGGUUCUGGGUCAGCUACAACGACACAGCAACAAUGCAGCGAGGAGACUAUGGGGAGCUUGAGAAUAUGGAGUACAAUGAGGUGAAUGUGACAGGUGGCAGGGACCAUCGUUUGCUCAUGCUCCUGGCACAGCACAUGAACUUUCAGUUCGUUUACAUUGAGGCACCUGGCAGAACACAAGGAUCACUGCGAGGACCGGUUGAGAAUGCGGAGUCCAAUGAUAGCUUCACUGGCGGCAUAGGGCUGCUCCAGAGUGGUCUGGCGGAUUUCUUCCUUGGCGAUGUGGGUCUCAGCUGGCGUCGCAAGGCGAUUGAGUUCUCGUUUUCACACUCGCCGAUUCGGGGCAUUUGCAACGCGCCACGUCGCCUCAACGAGGCGUUGGCCAUAAUGCGACCCUUCAAACUGGACAUCUGGCCAUAUCUCAUCCUGACCAUUGUGUUCUCGGGUCCCAUUUUCUAUAUCAUUGUGCCCUGCCCUACAAGUGGCGUCAGCGUCAGGUGGCCCUAUGAGGAGCAGCUGGGAGAACUGGGCAUCUACAUGGCCUACAUUAAGGAGAUCACACCUGUGUGUUUGACGAUCAGACGCGCCAGACGCCUCCAUCCAACGGAUGAGAUGUCACCGCAGCUUUUCGAGCGUUGCAUUUGGUACCGGUUGUUCCUCAAGCAAUCACCUUGUCAUGAACUGUGCCAAGACUAUCGCGCAGUUCCUGACCAUUGUGUGGGUAGCUGCCACUAUGUCCUGGCCGAUGUCUACUCAGCUCAACUGACCUCCCAGUUUGCACGUCCGGCUCACGAGCCGCCCAUCAACACAUUGCAGCGCCUCCAGGUGGCCAUGCAGCAGGAUGGCUAUCGCUUGUAUGUGAGAAGAGGCAGCUCUCUGGAAAUGCUCGAGAAUGGCACGGAACUAUUCCGACAGCUCUACGCUCUGAUGCCACAACAACCAGACGAUCACAAGGCGUUCCUCAUCGACUCCGUGGAGGCGGGCGUCAAACUGAUCGCCGAUGAGGAGAACAAGGCGGUGCUCGGUGGACGGGAGACACUUUACUUCAACAUCCAACAAUAUGGCAAGAAUUUUCAACUGGAGCCGAAACUCUAUACACGAUACUCUGCGGUGGCUGUGCAGAUUGGAUGCCCCUUCCUGGACAGUCUCAAUGAUGUGGAUUUGAUGCACAUGUUUGAGGGCGGCAUUUUGGACAAGAUGACAACGGCCGAAUACGAGACACAAUCGCGCAUAUUGACCAAGGAUCAGGCGCAGCAAUCAAAGGAAUUGGCCGCAGCGGAGAAUGCUAAUGCGAACACCAAGAGCAAUGAGGCCAAAUCGCCACCACAACACGCCCUGGACAAUGAGAUGAUCAGCGCUCUCAACCUUCGCAUGCUUCAAGGCGCCUUUAUUGGUCUCGCUGUCGGUUCCCUAGCGGCAGCCCUAACACUCAUGCUGGAACUCUUCUAUGGCCGCUUGAGUCUCACUCAAUCGCUGCGACGCUGGCGUCUGCGCUGGCUGCGUCGCUGGCGCCGGCUUCAGCGUCUGCUGCGGCAACAAACCGUGCGAAUCUUUGCACCGAAUUUGGGUUGAUUAGUUUAUCGCAUCGCAGUUUUUUAUGCAAAU